AUGGGGAGCGGAGCCAGUGCCGAGGACAGGGAGCUGGCCAAGCGGUCCAGGGAGCUGGAGAGGAAGCUGCAGGAGGACGCGGACAAGGAGGCCAAGACGGUCAAGCUGCUGCUGCUGGGGGCCGGGGAGUCGGGGAAGAGCACCAUCGUCAAGCAGAUGAAGAUCAUCCACCAGGACGGCUACUCGCCGGAGGAGUGCCUGGAGUACAAGUCCGUCAUCUACGGCAACGUGCUGCAGUCCAUCCUGGCCAUCGUCCGCGCCAUGCCCACCCUGGGCAUCGACUACGCCCAGCUGAGCUGCGCGGACGCCGGGCGGCAGCUCAACAACCUGGCCGACUCCCUGGAGGAGGGCACCAUGCCUGCCGAGCUGGUGGAGGCGAUCAGGCAGCUGUGGCAGGACGGCGGGGUGCAGGCCUGCUUCGACAGAGCGGCGGAGUACCAGCUCAACGACUCCGCGGCCUACUACCUCAACCAGUUAGACCGGAUCACAGCCCCUAACUACCUCCCCAAUGAGCAAGAUGUGCUCCGGUCCAGAGUCAAAACCACAGGCAUCAUCGAGACCAAGUUUUCCGUCAAAGACCUGAACUUCAGGAUGUUUGACGUGGGGGGGCAGAGGUCGGAGAGGAAGAAGUGGAUCCACUGCUUCGAGGGGGUCACGUGCAUCAUCUUCUGUGCGGCCCUCAGUGCCUACGACAUGGUGCUGGUGGAAGACGACGAAGUGAACCGCAUGCACGAGUCCCUGCACCUGUUCAACAGCAUCUGCAACCACAAGUUCUUCGCGGCCACGUCCAUCGUCCUCUUUCUCAACAAGAAGGACCUCUUUGAGGAAAAAAUCAAGAAGGUGCACCUCAGCAUCUGCUUCCCCGAGUACGAGGGAAACAACUCUUAUGAGGACGCAGGGAAUUAUAUCAAGAGCCAGUUCCUUGACCUCAACAUGCGAAAAGAUGUCAAAGAAAUCUACAGCCACAUGACCUGCGCUACGGACACGCAAAACGUCAAGUUUGUGUUUGACGCAGUUACAGAUAUCAUCAUCAAGGAGAACCUCAAGGACUGCGGGCUCUUCUAG